UUUUACAUUUCUUGGAGUUAUUACCUACCUCCAUCUCCUCUCCAACACUGUGAUUUGCGGACUUGGUGUUGCGUGCACAUACCUUACCCCCACUACGCUCUCUCUCCCCUUUUCCCAUUUCUCUCUCUCUCUCUCUCUCUCUCCUCUCUCUGUGUUUAUUAGGGUUUUUGGUAGUGGGUCCCUCUCCACCGUCCCCAACAUCUUUCACCAACUUGAUCUUCUGCAAUUUUCUUGGGUUGGUUUCUUUGGAACGUGGAGGAAUUCAAGAAGGCUGCUUUCUUUCUUGGUGGGUAUUUGCUGCUGAAUUCUGACAUUGGCUGAUUUCUUUGUUGAACUCUGAAAUCCGUGGAGGUUUGAGGCUUUUUUGUUCUUUAAUCUCACUCUGUUUCGCUUCACAACAUUGCAUUUCAUUGAUCGGUAUUGGUACAUUUGAUAAAAGGGCUUUUUUUUUUUUUUUUUUUUUUUUGUUGAAGAUUUUGUUGAUUUUGGUUUAUCUAAUUUGAGUGCUUUUUGUGGGGUUUGGAGCUUGUUUUUGGAUUCCAUUAGUCAAUUGGAGAAAUGGGUUUGAGAGAAUUUUGGUUAUUGUGAAGUAUUUUUUGUGGUGUGUGUGUAUAUAUAUAUUUCUUGGUUGAAUAAAGAUGAAGAGGCCGAAAAGUGAGCCUCCUGGUUCAAGAAAGUUCAAAUGGUCCCAUUUAUUGUUGGGAAUAGGGGUUUUAUACUUAGUUUUUAUAGCCUAUAAGUUUCCAGAGUUUUUAGAGAUUGCAGCAAUGUUGAGUGGGGGUGAUACUGAUGUUGGAAUGGAUGGGGCGAUAGGAAAGGAGUCCGAAGGUGCAGAUUUAAGCAAACCAAUCUUUAACUCUAUUUAUUUUAAGGAUGCAUUUCACCGUAAAUUAGAAGAUAACCGAAACCAAGAUGCCCCUUUGAUGCCUAGUAAGGAACCAUUGGAAGAGAGAAAAAAUGGUUCUCCACCUAUAAAGCCGCUGCAGCACAGAUAUGGUCGAAUAACGGGUGAGAUAAUGAAGCGGAGGAAUAGAACUACAGGUUUAUCAGUGCUUGAGAGAAUGGCGGAUGAGGCUUGGACGUUAGGCUUAAAGGCAUGGGAAGAAGUGGAUAAGGUUGAUGACAAGGAGACCGGAGAAAGCACUUUAAUUGAGGGGAAACCCGAGUCAUGUCCUUCAUGGAUAUCAAUGAGUGGGGAAGACUUGCUGAAGGGAGACAGGUUAAUGUUUCUACCUUGUGGGCUUGCUGCUGGUUCUUCAAUUACGGUGGUGGGAACUCCCCAUUAUGCACAUCAGGAGUAUGUGCCCCAGCUUGCGAAGUUGAGAAAAGGUGAUGCCUUGGUUAUGGUUUCACAGUUCAUGGUUGAAUUGCAGGGGUUAAAGGCUGUAGAUGGUGAGGAACCACCAAAGAUUUUGCAUUUGAAUCCUCGACUGAGAGGAGAUUGGAGCAAGCGGCCAGUCAUUGAGCAUAACACCUGUUAUAGAAUGCAGUGGGGAAAAGCUCAAAGAUGUGAUGGUUUACCAUCCCAGAAUGAUGAAGAUAUGCUUGUUGAUGGAUUUGGGAGAUGUGAAAAAUGGAUGCGGAAUGAUAUUGUAGACUCAAAAGAGUCCAAGACAACUUCAUGGUUUAAGCGAUUCAUUGGACGUGAGCAGAAGCCUGAAGUGACCUGGCCAUUUCCUUUUGUGGAGGGCAAACUGUUUAUAAUGACCCUGCGUGCUGGCAUUGAUGGGUACCAUAUGAGUGUUGGGGGUAGGCAUGUGACUUCAUUUCCGUAUAGGACGGGGUUUACUCUUGAAGAUGCAACUGGACUAGCAAUUAAAGGAGACAUGGAUGUUCACUCAAUUUAUGUUACUUCUCUCCCUACUUCUCAUCCGAGUUUCUCACCUCAAAGAGUAUUGGAAAUGUCGGAUCAGUGGAAAGCCCGUCCUAUACCUGAGGGCAAGAUUAAACUCUUUAUUGGAGUUUUGUCUGCUACUAAUCACUUUGCAGAACGCAUGGCAGUUAGAAAAACGUGGAUGCAAUCUUCUGCCAUCAAGUUUUCUAAUGUUGUAGUUCGAUUCUUUGUUGCAUUGAAUCCAAGGAAGGAGGUGAAUGCAGUGCUGAAGAAGGAGGCUGCUUACUUUGGCGACAUUGUGAUUUUGCCCUUUAUGGAUCGUUAUGAGCUUGUUGUUCUAAAAACAAUUGCUAUCUGUGAGUUUGGGGUUCAGAAUUUGACAGCUGCGUACAUCAUGAAAUGUGAUGAUGACACGUUUGUUAGGGUGGACACUGUCCUAAAAGAAAUUGAGGGCAUCUCCCCGAAUAAGUCCCUUUAUAUGGGCAAUCUCAAUCUCUUGCAUCGCCCUCUCAGAAAUGGAAAAUGGGCAGUCACCUAUGAGGAAUGGCCAGAAGAAGCAUAUCCUCCAUAUGCCAAUGGGCCUGGAUAUAUAAUUUCCAUUGAUAUUGCUAACUAUGUUAUCUCGCGACAUGGCAAUCGAAGGCUAAGGCUCUUCAAGAUGGAGGAUGUGAGCAUGGGAAUGUGGGUUGAGCAGUUUAACAGUUCCAUGAGAGCGGUCCAGUACUCACACAACUGGAAAUUUUGUCAGUAUGGGUGCAUGGAAAACUAUUUCACGGCACAUUACCAAUCCCCAAGGCAAAUGAUCUGUCUUUGGGACAAAUUGGCGAGAGGUCGGGCUCAAUGCUGCAACUUUAGAUGACAAUGCUUAGGUCACACUCAUCUUACUCUUCCCUCCCCCAGUUUGUAUUUUUCAUUUUUUCUCCCCAGUGCUGAUUAUCAUCUGUCUAGGUGGAUCAAUUUAUGAACUCAAACCAUUAAUUAUGAAAAUUAGCCCUCCCCAAAUGAGUUAUCAA